AUGACUGCAAUUCCGACCCAAACAUUGCCAGUAUCAAGUGUUCAUAAAACAUCACCCAAAAAAAGACCUAGUCCUAAGAACAGAAAAAAAAGUGACAUAUAUUCUACACAAAAAGCAGAAUGUCAGGCAGCUUUAGAUUAUGACAGCCCUGUAACACAGAACAACUGUAAUACAACUGUAAUACAGGAUCACGAAGAACCAGAUUUUGAAAACUGUAAUACUGACAAUGGUGAAAGUGUUAUGAAUGUUGUAAAUCAGUUAUACAAAGAAGUUGAUUGUAAUAGAGAAUUUAUGGAUUCAGCAACUCAAGUUACUGUUGAAGAUAUUGAAAUUCCAUUUAUCACGUUAAUAAAUUCUCCUAAAAAACUAAGUACAAUGACCGGAAUACCUACAUUUCAACUUUUAGAAAAAAAUUAUUGA